CUGCUGGAUUUGAUCAGGAAUGUAUCAGCUUCAGGAAGAUGAGGAUAUCAGCAGUGACUAUGGGAGUCGUGACAAACCAGGGACUGCUUUGGGACGGACUGUACCAGAUGGGAAUGCACUUCUUCCAGACAUUUUUCAUACUGAUCGUCUUUUGUUUUAUGAACGAUUUAAAGCUUACCAGGAUUACAUUUUGGCUGACUGCAAGGCUUCUGAGGUGAAAGGAUUCAUAGCUGAGUACCUGGAGAAGGUCCUUGAACCAUCUGGAUGGCAGGCAGUCUGGCGUACUAAUGUGUUUGAGGUUGUCGUUGAGGUUGUUGACGUGGAGUACUGGGCUCUCAAAGCGGUUGUUCGACUCAGCGAGCCUUUCCUGUGUGAGGCACAGGUCAGCACCUUCACGUUGGAAUGCAUGCAGGAACUCUUGGAGCUGAAGGAGCGUCAGAUCCCACUGCGGGAGCUGUGGGUUGUGUAUGAUGAGUCGGGAGAAUUUGAUCAGACAGCGCUAGCCGUGGAGCAUGUCAGGUUCUUCUACCAACACAUCUGGAGGUCCUGGGAUGAGGAGGAGGAGGAUGAUUUGGAUUACUUUGUGCGAUGUGUUGAGCCUCGACUGAGAUUGCAUUAUGACAUCCUCGAACACCGUGUGCCUUCUGGGCUUGUUGCUGAUUACCAGAAUUACUUGUCUCAAGGUGAAGAGCUCUACAGGAAGUUCUUAGACGUGAGGAACAGCAUAUCAAGCAGUGAUUCAGACUCUGAAGUAGAAAACGUCUCCAUGGUGGAGGGACUUCAGUUGUAUGAGAAAAUAGAGCACUUGAAACAAAAGCUAAAACUAAUUGAGAAUCCACUGCUGAGGUAUGUGUUUGGUUACCAAAAAUACAGUGGUCUCCAAGCUAAAGGACAGAGGCCAACAGGAACCAAGAUCACUCAUGUUGUGUCUUCCACCAUGAUGGCAGGUCUGCUGCAGUCAUUGAUAAGGGACAAACUUUGCCCUGAAUCUUGUGGCGAAGAACUAGAAAUACAGUUUCACAAUGAUCCACUGGCAGCUGUAAGUGCUUGUUACGAAGGAGACACAGUCAUCAUCUGUCCUGGUCAUUAUGUCGUAGAUGGCGUGUUCUGCAUUGCUGAUUCUGUUGAAUUAGAAGGCUAUGGCCUGCCAGAUGAUAUUGUGAUAGAAAAGCAAGGGAAAGGAGACAACUUUGUUGACUGUACAGGAGCCAACAUAAAGAUCUCCAAUUUGAAGUUAAUACAACAUGAUGCUGUGGAAGGGAUUUUAAGUGUCCAUCAGGGGAAAACUACUCUGGAGAAUUGUGUGUUACAAUGUGAAACUACAGGCAUAACAGUGCGAACAUCAGCUGAGCUGUUAAUGAAAAACUCAGAUCUGUAUGGUGCCAAGGGUGCUGGUGUGGAAAUAUAUCCAGGGAGUACAUGCACCCUGUUAGACAAUGGCAUACAUCACUGCAAGGAGGGAAUACUUAUAAAGAACUUCUUAAAUGAACGUUAUGAGAUCCCCAAGAUAAGCAUGGUCAAUAACAUGAUCCAUAAUAAUGAAGGAUAUGGUGUGGUCCUGGUUAAACCAACAAUUGCGUCUGAUGUAGAGGAUGCUUCAGCAAUGAAAGAAAGUAUGGGUGAUGCAAAUGUUAAGACUGAAGAAAACAUAAUUCCAGGAGUUUUAACUGAUUUGGCUGUUUUGAGGAUGACAUUCUCAUUGUUUCCUGACUUAGGGAAUACACAGCCUACCUUGUCAGGUGAUGGGAGAGCAUGUGUAGAGGGCUUCAGACAAGAAGAACUACCUGAAUGUGUGACUGAUGAGUUGGAGCUUUAUGAGCAAAUUGAGACUUCUGAACAAACUGAAGGCAAUUAUGAAAUUGCAAAUGAACUUGGUGCUGCUUCUGUGAAGAAGAACCAGAUGCACAAGAAAAGGCUGAGUAAACUGGGAAUCACAGAAGCUGAUGACAACUUAAUGUCACAGGAAGUGUUUGUUUCUAUUGUGGGCAAUCAGUUCAAAUGGAACGGGAAAGGGAGUUUUGGUACAUUUCUCUUCUGACUGUCCUGCUCCUAGUGGCAUUGCAAUAAGAAAUUUGCACAAGCUGUUAUUUUCACUCCUGCUUUCCAAGGAGUUAACAUGUUCUAUCAGCCUUCCAUAACAUUACUAGAAUGUGACAAAUAUUUAUUGACAACGUAUAUAUUGCAUGUGGAAGCUUCACUUCUUUGCUGCAAGCAUGGACAACAUGGUAGAAAGCAGAACUCUGCUUGUCGACAUACUUGUUCGUUGCUAGCUCUGAUGAAUUUUGUAGUAUAUUUAUUUAACCUCUCUUAAAAAAUCUUCCAAAAAAAGGUUCACCGUGGAAGAGUGGCUGACAAAUGUACAGCAAUAAUUGGUACACCUGCCUCCAUAUGUUUGUAAAAGCACAACUAGUCUGCGGUGCCUCCUAUGAGAGACUGACUGAAUUUGUAUGUUGAACAGAAGCUAGUGAAAUGUUAUUAUGAAAUGUAGUAGUUAGCUGCCAUGCUUUAUACUUGAAGGAUUUUUUAGGGAAGUUAGCAUCUGGAAACUUAGCAUCAUUCAGUCAGCUUCGUGUGCCAUCUGUUUACUUCCAACAGCAACCCCUGCCUAUGCAACUUUUCCUUAGGGAAGACAGCAUCAAAAUAAACUAUUAACAUGAAUAAGGAGCAAACAAAACAGCUAUUUGUGACUGUUAGUUUUGUUCCUACUGUAUAUUUCUGUGCCUUAUUCUACAAUAUUUAACACUGCUCUGCCUCUUGUAGCAGCAGAGGUAUUGGAAAUAAAUGGAAAAUUAAAAAUACUUUGCACUGAAAUCUCAUCAGCACACGGCUGUGGAACAUUCUGCAAAACAAAGGUGUUUCAGUGUCUUACUGUUGUUCUAAGUCGUUUCUUGAAAGAAGACUUGAACGGACUGCCUGAAUGAAGACUCUUCCUUCUCAGUGCCUCCUUGAUCCUUAAUUGCAAAUCCAAAUGCCUUAUUACAAAUUUUUAUACUGUCUUUGGUUAUUGUAGAUCAGUUUUUGAAGUGAUAUGUGGAAGUACAUGUGAGAAGAUACUCAAAAGUGGUGCAGGAUGUCCUGUACAAUAUGGUAUUAAGAAGGAGAAAGCAUGUUGCCAGCAAAUAGAAUUCAGAAUAGUUCCUGCAAGUAGCUUAGCAGGUAUAUACCUUCGCUGGAAAUGCAAUGUGUUGCCUAAGGUGGAUGUCAGUCAUCUGCUCCAGGUUUUUCACUCCGUCUGUUUCUUAAACUACAGUGAGAAUCAAAAUUCACUUCAGUACAUAGUUUGUGUGAGCAGAAGAUGUGAAGAAAAAGAAGAAAUGUAUGUUAGAAGCUUUUUUUUUUUUUUUUUUUUUUAUGAACCAUGGAACAUUAAUUGCAGCUUUCUUAUCCCACUGCUUCUGGCUUUGUUCUGCUCAGGGCACACGACUUCAGGACUGCACUUUGAGUUUUAAUGAGACUGAAAACCAUGACAGUGUCUCAUCCUGCACAAACCAACAAAUAUUUGCAUUUUAGAGACUCUAAAGAAAUACUUGAGUCAGGUGAAAACCCACUGCUCAAGCUAGCGCUAGUAUAAUAUCUUAGGCUAUUCAUGAAGUCACAUGCCAUGUUUAAUGCUUUGAUAUUAUGCCUUUAUUUCCUGAGUGUAAUACUAAUUAAAUAACUGGGCCUAAAACUGA